AUCCGCGUCUAACUCUUCCGUACACCGCGUUCCAAUGGGACCUGGUCCAAUGUUCUAGAACCUUUGUAUCAGCGCGUUUUAUUCCAGCAGUGUUUAUUACAACAGAGCAAGAGACUGGGCUGAUUGGAUCGAUUACUGACUUUCGUUGAUUAUUUCAUUACUGGGUCUCAGGAAAAGGAAAGGUACUGAAUUGAAAUCGUUCGCAGACCUAGUAAACAAUAAUUGCUGUUGAUCAUAAAGAUGAAUGUGGGUGUGGCACACAGUGAGGUGAAUCCAAACACCCGGGUUAUGAACAGUCGUGGAAUGUGGUUGACGUAUGCACUUGGUGUUGGAAUGCUUCAUAUAGUACUGCUCAGCAUUCCAUUCUUCAGUGUGCCUGUGGCAUGGACACUGACAAAUGUUAUUCAUAAUCUGGGAAUGUACGUGUUUUUACAUGCAGUAAAAGGUACUCCAUUUGAAACCCCAGACCAAGGUAAAGCUAGACUAUUAACACACUGGGAACAGCUGGAUUAUGGAGUUCAGUUCACAUCAUCUCGAAAGUUCUUUACUAUCUCUCCUAUUAUACUGUACUUCCUCGCCAGUUUCUACACAAAAUAUGAUCCAACGCAUUUUUUCAUAAACACAGCUUCCCUUCUUAGUGUCCUCAUUCCUAAACUUCCACAACUUCACGGAGUACGAAUCUUUGGCAUCAAUAAAUACUGAAGAAGAAUCCUGACAACUCACGUGUUUGUUUUUUUUGAGCGCACACAUCUUUGGCUCUGGCUUUUUCUAUUCUGAUAGAAUGGGUGGCCUGCUAUGCCAUUUUACCAGUAUAAACCGUGAAGAUCUAACUGCUCCUUCUUUAUAAGCUGUUGGAAUUAACAUGGACUUUGAUAAGAAGGCGCAUCUCCCAGAAUUCUCUGGUAGCAGUAGAUCUAAAGUGAGAGAGUUUUUCAUUUAUAAGCUGGGCGGGCCCAGCUUUGACAUGGAGUUUGCAGUCUGACGAGUUACAAAGAAAGCAGAAACAUCUUGACAGAAACUAAUAGGGGGAAAAAAAUCAUACAAACAUCUAUGAAAAAGAGAAACGUCUGUUUUAACUUCCAUUUUUCUUUCUAUAAAGUGUAAUAACAUGCAACAGCCUUCACUAGCUAGCGUAGCCUUGUGAUGCAUGCUGUGUUUAUAAUGCACUAUCAGUUUUUGUUUUCGUUUGCUUAUUGUACAUUUUACUGUAUCCACUAUUAAGUGGAUGUCCAUUGUAUGAUUGUACCCUAAUCUGAUAAUGUGACAGUUGUCCCUUCAUUAUUCAUCAGGUCACAGACAUGUUUAGGGACUAUUACAAAUGCUACACAGAUGAUUUCCCUGUGUACUUGAAACUAGAUUUGCUUUAUUAUGGUUUUCUCUGUCGUAUUUGUUUUACAUAUUCUAGAAAGUAAUAAUAAUGCUUUAAACAGUUUUAAGCUAAAUUGAAUUAUUUUGUUGUUAGUUUUUUAUGUUUUUUUCUUUUCUAAAUGAAGUGUAAGGUGACCCCCUCCCUAGGAGUUUUUAAGUUGGGAUCUACUAAUGAGUGGAAAUAUUGGGGGAGUUGCAUACACCAUCAGAUGGUACGGUACGCCUUUUGUUGGAUAUUAACAAUUGGUUUUAAUAUUUUUUUAAGGAGAGAGUGUUAAUAAUUAUUUCCACCCUCUUCCCUUCCAAUCCUCUACAUGUUAUUUUGAUACAAAUCAUUGUAGUCUUUCAGCAGAUACAACUGUUCCCCAGGGCAUGUGGGAUAGUUGUUCUUUCCCCUUGGAGACUGUGCAGGUUUGAGGAUGAAGUUAGCAAGUUAAGAUCCAGAUCAAAUACACUGAAAUGAAAGUACUGUGGUACUAUACACCAUAAUGCAUAAAAGCGGUUAAGCCUUUGUUUACAUUUUUGUUAAAGGGACAUAAAAAAAAAUUAUUUCAGGAUUCAGAUAUAUUCAUUUAAACAACUUUCCAAUGUGCUUUUAUCAUCUAUUUUGAUUUGUUCUCUUGGAACUAUUUGUUGAAAAGCAUGCUGAUUGGUGGCUGCACAUAUAUAACUCUUGUGAUUGGCUUACAUAUGCGUUCAGCUAGCUCCCAGUAGUGCAUUGCUGCUACUUCAAUAACGGAUACCAAGAGAAUGAAGCAAAAUUGAUAUUAGAAGUAUAUUGGAAGGUUGUUUAUUUAAGGAUUUAGACAGAGCACAGAAUUCUAAACAUUUUGGGUUUCAUGUCCCUUUAAAAGGAGUCUAGGCGGCAGGUUACAGAGUACAUGCUUAGAAUUUUCAGGCCGCGCAUUUGCAGUAGUGUAAUGAGCUGUUAUCCAAGGAGAUUUCCUGUUUACUUUAUACUAUAACUAACAUUAAAGGUUGACGUUCCCAUUGAA